AUGACUUCACUAAAGCGGAAAGCCGAAAAGCCAGUGUCGACUCCAAAAUCUAAGAAGCCGAAGGUCGUCGUCCCGGAGUAUCAUCUGACGCCAUCCAGGCAAGAUGAGUUUGGUGGGUUUGUAUGGCCAGCUCGCAGAAAGCAGAUCGACCGCGCGCGAGAUAUUAUCAAAAGAUGUGCCGAAUCUCAGAAGCCUACCCUGAUACUGCCCGACAAGGACGCGGACGGCAUUUCCUCUGGCACCAUUCUUUAUCACACUCUCAUCACCUUAGGUCUUUCGCCCGGCCUCAUAUCCGUCUAUUUUCCGCCCAAAGGAUCUAAUGUUCAUGAUGAAAGCACAAAGGAUGCUAUAUCCGUGAAAGCACCAUCAUAUGUCUUUGUUCUCGACCAAGGAAGCAGAAAAAGUCCGUCGCUCACCGACGUACCACACACGUGCCUUGUCAUCGACCAUCACUUCACGGAAGAAGGCGGCUUCCCAGAAGGUGCUGAUUUUGUUACGGCUCAUGACUGUCCACCUGUGGCGACGAGCUCACUACUAACGUAUCAUAUCUGUCUACCCUUGCAUCCGGACCUGAGUGACAAGAUCUCAUGGCUUGCUGCACUUGGCACGCAUGGGGACUUGGGUGCUUCGCUGAAGUGGAAGCACCCCUUUCCAGAUAUGACCGAGACUUUCAAGGAGCACCCCAAGAAGGCUAUCAAUGAUGCUGUCGCCCUUGUUAACGCACCAAGGCGCUCCGCAGCAUACAAUGUCGAAGACGCGUGGAAUGCCGUGAUCGCCGCAUCUACUCCCGAGGCAAUCGCAAAGAACGAAAAACUUCAAAAUGCAUCCGUUGAGGUCCGUCGCGAGACAGAACGCUGCACGCACACACAGCCCAAAUUCUCCGCCGACGCCACCAUCGCAAUUCUCACCAUCUCUUCGGCCGCACAGGUACACCCUAUUGUCGCUACCCGUUGGUCCGGCUAUCUCAAGUCCACCAAACUUGAAAUCGUCAUGUGCGCUAAUGAGGGCUAUCUACCGGACAAAGUCAACUUUUCAUGUCGUGUCGCAAAAGAUGCGAGGGCAAGGGAAGGCGAUGAGAAGGUUGAUAUCAUCAAAAAGCUGGAAAUUAUCGUGGCGGAAGAUAAAGAUCUGAGAGCGAGACUGGGUGAGAAUUUUGCGAGGGGUCAUAAGGAGGCGAGUGGUGGGAUCGUGGGGAAGCAGGAGUGGGAGGAGUUCAAGAAGUUGAUGGGCGUUGGUGAGGGUGUUAGGAAGAAGGCGGAGGGAAGUGGGAAGCAGGGGAAGCCGACGCAGAAGAACACAUUGGCGAACUACUUCAGCAAGAGUACAAAAGUCCAGCAGAUAUGA